AUGAGUGAAACAUUUGAAGUUCAACAGGAAAGGGCCGCAGAGUCCUCAUCUGCUGCGGCCUAUGCAGAAUCCUCAUCUGCUGCGAUCCAUUCAGAAUCCUCAUCUGCUGCGAUCCAUUCAGAAUCCUCAUCUGCUGCGACUCCUUCAGAAUCUGCUUCUUCAAAAGUGGGAGCGUCUGAAUCCUCCAGCGCAGAAAAUCCAGCUGCCGCAAUUACUCCCGGACCGAGUGCUUCUUUGACCACUGCAACAAAAUCUUCCGCUCUCAUACCCACUACCGCGUCGCAAUCGACACCAGGAACGCUUUCCAGUGCCCCCAGCAUAACAAAUGUGGCAAGCAACAACACUUUACCCUCAGGGUCCCAUAAAGCGAGUUACUCCGGCGGGACUCUGGCAGGAGCCAUAGUAGGGUCCAUUGCAGGAACCUGUCUUCUAGCUCUUUUGGCCUUCCUUUACCUGCGGCGUCGCAGAGAACGCAAUCAUUCCCCCGAAAUGACUCGAACUUCCUUCGCGGUAACAUCAGACACGCCUAAGCAAUCUGGACAAAUUCACUCUCACUUUCUCGGUCAUACUGUUGCUAGCACGCAAGAGAAUCCUUCUCCGCCUAUCUCACCUGUCAUCGGUUCUUCAUUUGAUUUGUCCUCAUAUAUUCCAGCGCCGGCAGAUGACAACGCCGUUUGCACACGAAUCCAAACCCUCUUCGACCAGGCCAGUCUACACAUCGACAAUUACUACUCGUAUAGCAAUCCAAGCCUUCGAUUGACACAGGAUGCCCUGGCCUGCACAAUUCAAUAUGAUUCACCAUUCUUACCAUCCCUUCUGGCGACCAUACUUUCGAAUCCCAGAGCUCAGAGGCCUGCUCUCACCCACGUUUUGGUCAGAGCUUUGCUGGAGGCUACCCAACCGGGAAGCCGAGGAGUGUCCCUUCUUCCGUCGUGCUAUAAAUUGAGCCCGCAACAACAGGAGACUAGCACGUUUGAUCUCGAUGACCACCGUACCAUGUUUGCGUGGCGUAUGUUAACUGCACACCUGUAUUCUCGGAGCCACGGCAUCCAGGGAUCUACGUCGAUGGAAAUCCAAAGAGAUGCGAUUACGGCCCUGGCGAAAAGCUUCACUACAGCAUUCGCACCGUACAGUGAUCCCAGCUUCUCUGAGGCGCAUCGUCUUGGACAUCUGACUAGCGUAGUCCGGGCAGCCGCCGACCUUGGGGCUUGGCUAUUUUCUCAGCCGUGUUUCUUCGAGUUCCGCUGGACUUCGGUCGUUACUCCCUUGAAUCAACUCAUCAUGUUCCCAGCUGUUGUUAAAGUUGGGAAUGAACAGGGGCGGCGAAUUUCAGUCCCUCAUACCCUGGUUGCGGAGACAACAGCCCGGAUUUGA